CAAUUACUUCCGGGGUGGGCCGGGCGCGGGGCUGCUGGCCGGUGUGGGAGCGUGAGGCUGCUGCCGGAGGGUGGCGCGGGAACCUGAGGCCUUCCUUGCAGCCAUGUCUGAGCUCAGUGAUGAAGCCAGCGAGCCGGAGCUUCUGAACCGCAGCUUGUCCAUGUGGCAUGGGCUUGGUGCACAGGUCAGCCGAGAAGAGCUGGAUGUCCCCUUGGAUCUUCACACAGCUGCCUCUAUUGGCCAGUAUGAGGUGGUGAAGGAGUGUGUGCAGCGCAGAGAGUUAGAUUUGAAUAAAAAGAAUGGUGGUGGCUGGACCCCGCUGAUGUACGCCUCCUACAUUGGACACGAUACCAUCGUUCACCUGCUGCUUGAGGCAGGGGUGAGUGUGAAUGUGCCGACCCCAGAAGGGCAGACACCGCUGAUGCUGGCCUCCAGCUGCGGCAACGAGAGCAUUGCCUAUUUUCUGCUCCAGCAAGGUGCAGAGCUUGAGAUGAAGGACAUCCAGGGCUGGACUGCACUCUUCCACUGCACCAGUGCGGGCCACCAGCAGAUGGUCAAGUUUCUUCUGGACAGCGGAGCCAAUGCCAACGUGAGGGAGCCUGAAUAUGGAUUCACUCCUUUGAUGGAAGCAGCUGCCUCUGGCCAUGAGAUAAUUGUACAAUAUUUUUUGAAUCAUGGAGUCAAAAUGGACACAAGAGACCACAAUGGAGCCACGGCCCGCAUGUUGGCCAGGCAGUAUGGUCACAUGAAGAUUGUGGCCUUAAUGGACAGUCACUCGCCUGCAUUGCCCAAGAGCCUCUACCGAAGCCCAGAAAAAUAUGAAGAUCUGAGUUCUUCAGAUGAGUCCUGGCCUGUUCCUCAGCGCCAGAGGCCCUGUCGAAAGAAGGGCCUCAGCAUCCAUGAGGGACCUCGUGCCCUGGCCAGGAUCACAGCUAUUGGACUUGGAGGCAAGACACAGACCAGCUGUGAGCAAGUUCCUCCUCGGGGCUAUGUGACCUUCACCAGCAGUGAUGAGAACAUCUUGGAAGGCGAGGGCCUUUGCUACCGAGAUGUCACCUCCCCCAUCAAUGAGCGGGAUGUGGAGAGCAGCAGCAGCAGCAGCCGGGAGGAACCCACUUUCUGUGCCAGUCUUGGGCCUGUGUGGAGGAGCAGCAGCAGUGAUGGCCUACUAAGAGCCCAGGGACUCAGCAGUGAAGCCUCCAUAGAAAGCAAUGAGGAUUCUGAUCAUGCUCGCAAAAGCUCGGUUCGCAAACAAACCAAGAGUUAUCUGAAGAAUAAGUGUCGUUACAGCAACAGUGAUAGUCACUGGCCUUCUAGCACAGGGUCUGCUUGCACUCCAGGGUCUGAAUCCCAAGCUGAGAAGCCCGCCUACUCAGGACCCCAGGACCUUGCCACGCUGCUGGAACAGAUUGGGUGUCUGAAGUACCUGCAAGUAUUUGAGGAGCAAGAUGUAGACCUGCGCAUCUUCCUGACCCUCACUGAAAGUGACCUGAAGGAAAUUGGCAUCACGUUGUUUGGGCCCAAAAGAAAGAUGACCUCUGCCAUUGCCCGCUGGCACAGCAGUGCCCGCCCACCUAGUGAUGCCCUGGAGCUGGCCUAUGCUGACCGGCUGGAGGCUGAGAUGCAGGAGCUCGCCAUCCAGCUGCACAAAUGCUGCGAGGAGGCAGACGCCCUGCGUGGCCAAGUGUCCCAGGAGCAGGAACUUCGGGCUGUAGUAGAGAGCUGCCUCCUGGAGCAUGAUAGUGCCCGAAAGGACAUCCACGCCCAGCUGCAGGAGGCCCAAACCCUGGCCCAGGAUGCUGCCCUUGUCCUGGACCAGCUGCGGGCCUGUCAAACUGAGCUGUCAGCUCGAGUAAGGCAGGACCAGUCCCCCAGUGAAGCUACCCAAAGCUCACCCUUUCUCCCAGCAGAUUCCAAGGGCUGGCCUAUUCCCCUGCAGGCCUUGAGCCUCCCUGAGUUGUCAGGGGCCCUGGAAGACCGUGUCCAUGAGAUGGGGCAGGCAUUAUGCUCUGUAACACAGAGCCUGGAGAAACUACAGAUGCUGAAUGGGAAGAAAUGGCGGGAACCGUAGCCAGGAGGGACGAUUCUGACGUUGGGUGAUGGAUCCACCCUGAAGUUAUGUGCCAUGCAAGACAGGGCAGUGAGGAGAUGGCUGCGGCAGCCCAGGGACAGCAAGACCAGCCCAGGAAGCAGCUUGUGGACAGAAGGACAGGACUUCGGGCCCCACUAGGGCAACUUGGGCCAGCCCUGAGGGAGGAUGAAGGGCCUAGCACCCAGAUCCUGGUGGAAAGGCCCCGUGCUGGUAGACAGCUUUGGCCCAGACCAUGCAGGGCUGUGUGGCGAGUGUGUGUCCCGCACAUGCAGGUGCCACUAAGGUUUGAUCUUACAGGUGAGGUCUGGGGUGCCUAGAAAAUGUGCUGUUUGUUGGAAAAUAAAAUUACAUGCAAGUUGGCGGGGGCUCAUUUCUGAUCAUAUGAAGUAUUCCUGGCUGACACCAACCAGUAGCCCAUCUAUAGUCACUUCUGAUCUCCACCCCUAGCUGUGGAGGAGCUGGCAGAGACAGCUUUCUUACCCGGGCAGUCUUGACCUGUGGGAAUUGUCCAGCACCAGGCUACA